AUGAACUUCAGUGGCCUGCCUCCCCUCCCUCCCUGUGUUCUCCUGGUCCUCUGUCUUCUGCCUUGGAGCUGGUCUGAAAACCUGACGGACUGGACCACACCUGAAACCCUCACAAACCAGACCAGCCCAGUUCCUUCUAUAACCCCAGCCCUCGAGCAGAACGCCACGGUCGCAGAGUGCCUCGUUGAUAACCAGAUGGCCCUGAUCGCCAUCGGCUCAGCAGGAGGCCUGAUCCUAUGUCUGCUGCUGGCUGUGGUCACUCUGGCCUGUCAGGUCCACCAUCUGCAGAGGCGAGUGUACAUCCCGCGGAGCUCUCGUUCCAACCUGGACCUGGCCGGUAGCGCGAGUCACUGGGCUAAAGCCGCGGCCGACCUGGAGGCGGAGGCCAGGGGAGUGGCGGGGCCGUGUGACGACAGUGUGCUGAUGGAGGAGCUGCAGGAGAUCAGAGAGGAAGAGGAGGAGCAGGAGGAGGGAGAGGAGGGGGAGGAGGAGGGAAGACCAGAGGAAAAGCCCCUGAUGCAGACCUCAGAGUCCAGAGAGUCCUGCUCGGAUCUGCCCCGGGACCUGGAGGACACGCCCCUCGUGGUGUAG